AGCUAUAUCACCAUUAGAAAAUCACAAGAACAAAGUAUAUAUAUUGUUAAUAUACCUGCCCUCUUCAUCAAAGACGACUUUAUAUAAUUCAUUGAUAUCCCUCAUCAUUUUCUUCUUCAACUAAUUACUUCCCAUUAAUCUCUUACCUCAGAUACACAUUUUGCAGAAGACCAGAAAAAGAAAAAAAAAUCUCAAAUACAGCAGCUUACUUCGCUUGAAUGGUACACAGAGUCAGCAACUUGACUUCUUUCAUGCCUUCUCUCCCAUUUACUGCACUCCCUACGCAACUCGUGCAGGCCGUCAGAUCAUCUUUCCUUAUAUUUUCUUCCUCUUCUUUCAGUUCAUUUAAACAAGCUUGGUACUAUCGCUGCCUCGGCCUCGACCCCUAAACUUGAUCAGUUGAUCCUAUAUAUAUAUAUAGAAAAAAUGAGGAGAAACUUGUCCGAGAAUACGAUGAGUUCGUACUCAGGCGAGAAGCCGAAGUACUGCAGUAGUAGUACUAACAAGAAGGGACACUCAUGGUUUGAGUGUAGUAAGGGAAGUUUUGGCAAAGGCAGUUUUAACAACAGCAACAACAAACGUUUGCUUGUUGUAAUCAAUGUUUUAGGAAGUGCUGGGCCUUUGAAAUUUGUUGUUAAUGAGGAGGAUUUUGUAGGCGGAGUUAUUGAUACUUCGUUGAAGUUGUAUGCUAAGGAACGUCGUCUUCCUGUUUUGGGUUCUGAUUCUACCAACUUUCUCCUUUAUUGUGCCAAUGCUGCUUCUGAUGCCUUAAGCCCAUGGGACGAGAUUGGAUCAUGUGGAGGGAGGAGCUUUGUUCUCUGCAAAAAACCUGAGCAGCCAACCAAUAUGACCGAGGCGAGAUCCCAGAUGAUUUCGCAAAAACGAGGUGGGAGCUGGAGAGCUUGGCUCAACAAAUCCUUGAGCUUAAAAAUAUAAACAUAUAGAGUGAUAUUAUUAAAAGCUUCAACCUUUGAUUAUCAUAGAAAUAUGUGAACUCCCUCAAUCCAAAUUUUUUAUAUGAAAAAUAUAUAAUUAUACUUUUUAAGUAUAAUUUAAACGAUCAUAUCGUGUACGUCGUUUAAAUAAACGAAGGAAGUAUAAUAUUUAUUGUCGGUAUAUUAAAUAGUGGUCAAACUUCAAAGAAUGUACUAAAAUAAAUCUCUAUACCGAAAUAGAAAAAAGAAAGAUGAUAAGGAGGAAGUACUAUUUAGUAUUUACUAAGUGGCAUGUGUAAGCUCAAAAAUAAUUCUUCCUCGGUAACAUCAUAAUAAAUGUAAUAAAUGGGUAUUAUGUGUGAGAUAUAAAAUAUUUAUUUGUUGCUUUUA